AUGCGUUUCGCUUUAGUUGCUGGAGCUUUGGUACUUGGUGCCACCGUUACUGAAGCGCGUUCAAUCGCACCUAGUCCUUCGAAAAGAACCGCAGAGAAAAUCGAGUUUUCCACCCCUUCUCGCAAUUUGAAAAGAGCACGUCACGAUGAUGGUGAUUGGAAUCCGGCCACCGAGGCCGAUGACGCGCCCUCCAACCAAGACAGCAUGGACCCGUCAGCAUACCAAUCCAAAACCCCCAGCGGCGGAAAAAGUGCCAAGAAAUCUCACAAAGCUUCCAAGGAUCACAAAUCGUCGAAUUCGGACGGAGUCAAUCGAUCUGCCUUGCCCGACUCACUGGCGAUGACCGCAGACCCAGUCGCUGAUACUCUUAGCAAGAAAUUGCCUCAAGACAUCCAGUAUCAAAUCAUCCCAGUUGCCUCAGGAAACUCAUCCGGAAAAGAUUCCUCCGCCUCGGACGAACGUGCAUAUAUCAUCAAACCGGUGUCUCCAACGGCCAUGUUGGCAGCGGCCGAGCCUACCGAAGUGAAACAAACCCUCGACGGAGUGACGCCCACCCCAGAUCUUAAUGCGGUUGUCGACCAUCUCAAAACCAAGGAGGAGUCUAAGCCGGCACUUGCCCUUCUUAGAGCUAUCGAGAAAUACCGUCUGGCCGUCUCUCAAGAAGCCCCUGAUGAUGCCAACGGUUCUCAGUCCAGAUCAGCCACUCUUAAGAAGCCAGCCAACAUGGCCAACUCCGUCCUUCACCCCGUUGUCAAAGGACAGAAGUUGCCUUCACCCUUAGGAGACACGCUCGAUUCGAUUCCCGGCGAUGCCGCUGGUCUUCCCACCGACCCUUCUCCGCUACCCAGUUUCAACCCCGCGGACUCCCUCGAUAACACUCCCUUAGCCAACGUCGCCGAUUCCAAUGUACUUAACUCUGCACCCUCAGACUCUAACUCCGAGGCCGCUUGGGACCAAUAG